UAAUCGGUUUAUCUUCUUAUGUUGACAGCUGUUCUACAGCAUUCUGGUGGUUAAGUGAAUAUAAAGAAGACAUACAAGUAUAAAGAAGACAUAAUUAUAAAUAACCAACAGUUUAAAACAAUCGGCGAAAUAUAACUAACGUUAUGGAAAAUAAUAGCAGUGAUUGUGAUGUGAAAGAAUUAUUGCAGGCGGCGGAAUAUAUCGCUAGAAAGGCGCAAGACGUAAAGAUCGACAAAAAUAAUAUCGAUAAAUUAGCAGCCAAAAUACACAAUGAUCUUACGGAUGAUAAUAAAUCCUGGAUAGAACAUAAUGUAUUCUGGCGUCCGGAAACAUAUCCAGAUCUAACAGACUCGAAAGCGGUAGAUUGGCUGUUCGUGCUUCAUACAUUGAAUUUUUCACUCUUCAAUCCAAAAGGCACUCCGCAAUGGACAGCUGGUAAUUUAGAAGGAUAUAAUGCAUUAUGUUUUGCUAUUAAACGAGCCAUAAUAAAUGAUAAAAAGGAUUUAUGGAAUCCCACUUAUUACAAAAAAUAACACAAAGUAUGUUAAAACGUAUUUUUCGCAGUGACGAUGGUAAAACUCAUAUUCCACUUUUACGUGAAAGAUGUAAAAUUUUACAUGCGGUUGGAAAAGUGUUGGUAGAAAAAUAUAAAGGCACUUUUGUAGAAUGUGUCAAAUCAUGCAAUUACAAUUCAGAUAAAUUGAGGAAAUUACUUUUCGAUGAAUUUGAGCCGUAUCGAGAUGAAGCAAUAUAUGAGAGUAAAAAGGUUCGUUUAUUUACCAAAGCAAAUUCACUAGUAAGCGACAUAUGGGCAUGCUAUAGAAAAACCAAUUUAUUUCAACUAAAUAUUCACAAUAUAAUGUCCACAAUAUUUAUUGACUAUCGUAGUCCUAUAGUUCUCCAUCAUCUUCGAAUUCUUGAUUAUUCUAACAGACUUCUGAACAAAUUCAAAGACAGCGAUGAGCCACUUAAACAUAGAAGCAGAGAAGAACUUGAGAUACGAGGUUGCUCACUUCACGCUGUGAAUUUAUUGUACUAUUUCCUAAUACAAAAAAAAGUGCCUCCACAAAAUCCUCGUUGUUUCCUUUUUAUAGCAUUAACUCCUGAGCUAAUGCAAGGAUGCAAGAUUCUAAUUGACAAUUACUUGUAUAAAUUGUUAGCUGAUAAAAUUGAUACAGGAUGUAUUAAUGACGAACCAUUUCAUUAUAUUACAUCUACACAUUAUUAAAACGCAAACAUCAUUUAUUAUAUUAUCGUUAAUUUGCGAAAAAAUUAAGUAUAGUUUUUAUAAUUAUGACAUGAUUAAGUACACACAAU